AUGGUGCACCUUUCCUUACAUGAUGGAAACUCCUCAUCCUCUCACAGUUCAGUCAACGAGGAGCUCCUGUCUCGGACUGGCUACACAAUACUGGCCGUUAUCAUGGGUGUGUUUUCCGUGUGUGGGAUCUUCCUCAACGUCCUGGUGAUUGUGGUGACUGUGAGACACAGACAGCUGAGGCAGCCACUCAGCUACGCCUUAGUAAAUCUGGCCAUAUGUGACCUGGGCUGUGCUGUAUUUGGAGGUCUGCCCAACACAGUAACCAGUGCCAUGGGAUACUUCAGCCUGGGACGCGCAGGCUGUGUUUUAGAGGGCUUUGCUGUCUCCAUUUUUGGUAUAUCAAGUCUUUGUACCAUCGCGAUAAUCUCUGUAGAACGCUACAUAGUGGUGUGCUAUCCCCAGGGGGCUAUCCUGUUCCAGACAAGACAUGCUGUUUCCGGAGUGGUGCUGUCCUGGCUGUGGUCGUUUUUUUGGAACACUCCACCUCUGUUUGGUUGGGGUAGUUUUGAGCUGGAGGGCAUCAAAACCUCCUGUGCGCCUAACUGGUACAGCCGGGACAUCGGGAACAUGUCCUACAUCAUUUUAUACUUUAUGCUGUGCUUUGCUGUGCCCUUCACGGUAAUCGUAGUAUCUUACUCAAAACUUUUAUGGACCCUCCGGCAGGUGACCAAGCUGCAGACAUGCGAGGCUGGCAGCACAAAUCGUGUGGAGAUGCAGGUGGCACGUAUGAUAGUGGUGAUGGUGUUGGCCUUCCUAGUGACCUGGCUGCCAUAUGCUGGCAUGGCCCUCGCUGUCAUCAUUGACUCCAGUUUAUAUAUUAACCCCAUCAUCGCUACCAUACCAGUGUACUUGGCUAAGAGCAGCACUGUCUACAACCCUAUGAUAUACAUUUUCAUGAACAGACAGUUUCGGGGAUACGCUGUUCCCACUAUCCUGUGUGGAAGGAACCCGUGGGCAAUCGAAUCACAAGUUACUGAGGAUGAGACCACAGUUUCUGCUCUCAACAAGCUCCCAAGAGUCUCACCCAAACAAUCUUUGAAUGAAUAAAAGUGGUCAUGAGUCCCAAUGGUCGAAGCAAUGUAAAAAGGAAGAAGCAAACCAUUAUCAUUAAGACACAUGAAAAUGUAUUCUUACAAUAAAUAGCCUACAACCCCUUUGUCAUGAUCUCUGUCAUGGCCAAUCAUGUUCAGGUUUCAUUCUUUUUUUAACUUACCACGUUGUGUGAAAUUCACAGUGUGUACAAAUGUUGAGGUUUUCAAAGAUAAAGACUCAUAUAGGAGCCAUUAAACAUACAAAGUGAUACAUUUUGUUUUUUUACGAAUUAGGCUUGCACUAGUUUAUAUUUCCUUUGUAUGAGUAGACCUAAUGGUUUUUAUUAAAAAAUGUGGGAUCGCAAUUGGUGUGUAUGGGUCACAUGGAUAUGGGCUACACUCAUAGGAAUUAUAAUCACCUGUUCACCUGCGUGAGGUGUGUGUGUGUGGAAAAGAGGGUGCUGUAUUUUCCUUUUGACCGCAAUUGCUUUGAUUUUUUGUUCACAUUGUGCUAAGUUGAUCAUCUCAUUUUUCAAUAAAUUACAUUUUCACAGCA